AUGAAGGCCAUUCAAAUUCUCGGGAACGUAUCGUCACCAAAAAUCUCCAUCAAUCAUUCUAUGCCUCAGCCUAAACCAGUCAACUCUGACAUCCUUAUUCAUGUUCACUCAGCUGGCAUAACCGGCGACGAAACUACGUGGCCGGAAGUCUAUCAGACUCCAACACGCAUCCCGGGUCAUGACAUUGCUGGAACCAUAGUCUCAUUUGGUCCAGCCUACAAAGGCAAUCUUGAAAUAGGGCAAGACAUUUUUGCCUUGAUAGCAGCAGACCGUGGUGAGGGACAAGCCGAAUAUGUUGUCUGCACACCUGAAGAGGUUGCACCGAAGCCAUCAUCACUUUCGCAUGCGGAAGCAGCUGUGCUCCCGAUUCCUACACUCACAGCAUGGGAGGCAGUUGAACACUUCUUGGCAAUCAAAUCCAAUAUGAGAAUUCUGGUCACAGGUGCGUCUGGAGCGGUGGGAAGACAGUUUGUGCAGCUAGUCAAACACUUGACCCAUGCACAUGUCAUCGCACUGGCUUCACCUCGGAACCACGACACCUUGAGAAAUCUCGGUGCAGAUGAAGUCAUAGACUAUGCGUCUCCUCACUGGGAGGUUUCUCUCCUUCCAGUCAGUCUUGUCUUUGACACGGUUGGUGGGGAAAUCCUAUCAAAAACUUGGGAAACGGUAGAAGAGGAUGGGACAAUCAUCACAGUUGGAGAUCCCGCCCCAGCCUGGGCAUUUGGAGAUGAUGAGGCUCCUGAGUCUUUGAAGUACCCAAGUGUCAAAUACAAGCACUUUAUCGUCUCACCCAAUGCGAAGCGGCUUGCUGAUGUGGCGAGUAUGCUUGACAAGGGUUUGCUCAAGCCAUUGGAUGUGAGAAGAUUCCCAUUCGAUCAGGGCGUCGCCGCGUGGGACUGUGCAAAGCAGCGAGGACGGGACUACAAGAUCGCAAUCGAGUUUUAA